UUUGUAUUACGUUUUGUAAAAAUUCAGUUCUAAAUGUUUUCCGCGGGAACAGUCAUCUUGUUUGCGCUAAUCACUGCUAUCAAUCAUGUGGUACAGUCAGACGCUAAAGGAAACUGUUCAAAUGAUCGAACAGAAACUGUCAUGGAAAAGCUUUUAAAUUUUGUUAAAGAAAUCAAACAAAUAAGUGCAGGCACUGGCUGUAGAAACCAUAAACCGAUAGCAUUUUAUGCCGUGUUGACAAAAACAUUGACAGUUUCUGGAUCGGCGACUGUGGUAUUUGAUAAGGUAUUCACAAAUACAGGUGAUGCAUACGAUUCUAAAACGGGUAUUUUUCGAGCACCUGUCAAAGGACUUUACUACUUUGACUGUACUUUUAUGUCGAUUGGAACCCCAUUACACAUUAUACUAACGAAAAAUAACAGCAAGCUGACCAAAGGACACAGCGUGAAUAACCGUGAUGCUGGUGCGAUAUCUGGAACCCUAGAGCUUGAGAUGGGAGAUAAAGUCUUUAUACAACAUUACUCGGCUGCUGGAUCAGAAGCUAUCCAUGGUGAAUACACUAGCUUCACUGGGUACCUGAUUUCAACCUCUUGACGAUUUUAAAACCUUUCAAAAUGCAUAUAAUAUUAAAAACAGUAUAUUUACGUACCAAAUUAGUUGUUAUUUUCUUUAGUAAAAUUGGUUACUUUCUUUUGUUUUGCAUAAAGAACUAGACUUCAA